AUGUCAGCAAUACCCCGACCGGUGGCUGGCUCCAAGAAGGUGGGACUUACUAUGAACACGUACGCCAUCUUAUGGCGAGACUCGACUUUGUAUUGCUUGCGACCUGCGUUCGAUCUGAUACGCGCUGGUUUGUGCCGGCCUCUGGAAGCCUUCCGGUGCCGUGGCUACCAGUCACAACGUGAGAUCGCUAUGGAAGCUUGCGCCGGGCUUCGUUGUACCAGGACACAGCGAAGCGUAUCGCUCUUAGUGGACCGGGACCAGUCCAGCUCGGUCUUCCUAGUCUACCCUGGAUCGGCUGUGCUAGCCCCCCCUCCCCCCGGCAUCGAUUCCAAACAAAGUCGACCCCAAUGUUGCUCCCCGUCCGAAGAAGCAGCAGCAGCCGCCAACAACGCAGCACAAAGUCAAGAGUCCGAGGUUAUGGAGUGUUCCUCGGUUGGCGUCUGCUUUUCACAAUCCGCAAAACAGCAACUUGCCAUCCUCUGUCCCAUUAGCAAGGCCCUCCUGCCUAUCCGCAUCCUUAUCAGAGCCGCCGCGCCCGAGCACGACCAUAUUGCUGCCAGCUUCGGUGCUGACAUUACCGCCUCCCUCGACCAGUCAAUACCAAUCGAGUCAAGGACCAACAAGACUCCGUCGCCUACUCGACCCAAGGAUGUAAAUUUAAUCACCAACAUACAUGAUGACCGCAUUUCCUAA